AUGAACCUUGAUUUUGUAGAGUCUGAUAGGCAGUGCAGGACAAAGCCAGGAGGUGGGCAGAAGAGGAAAUUCCCAACUGUUGAAACGUUGAUACGCAAGAGAGUAACUCGUCCAACUGAAGUGGUUGAGUGCCACACGUGGUUGCAUGAAAUGGAGACUGGGGACCUCUAUGUUCCAUCCAUGAAGGUAUUUGCAGUUUAUGGGAUGGCCAUUGAAGAAUGCAAUGACACUAGAAAGCAAAAUGUCAAAUGGAAGGUUCUGAAAACAAAAAUGAGGGGCUUGAAGAAUACUCCGAGAGCUACAGCGAAAUGUGAGUGA